AUGAAAAGUAAUACUGGUAUAUAUUUUUUUGCUUCCUCCUUUUUGUUAUAUUUUGCAAAAGCUACGAAUGAAUAUGAUAUAAUAGAAAAUGAAAAAACUUUAGAUGUAGAUAAAGAAAAAUUUAAUGAAUUAGAUAAAAACAAAUAUGAAAAUGUUCACACAACUAAUAAGAAAAUAUUUAGUUUUAUAGAAAAUAAAUUAGAUAUUUUAAAUAAUUCAAAAUUUAAUAAAAGAUCGAAGACUUAUGUAACACCAGAUAAUAUAGAUAAAAAAAUCUCUUUUAUAAAUAAACAUAAUAAUCAAGGAACCUUUAACAACAAUUAUCAAUCAUUUUUGUCAACAAGUUCAUUAUUAAAAGAAAAUAUAUAUGUUCCUGUUCGUGCUACACGUGUGUCUAGGGUAUUAAGUUUCCUGGAUUCUAGACUUAAUAAUAAAAAAAAUUCACAAAUUAAUAAUGGAGAUUUAAGUAAUUGUAGGGAAAAGAGGAGAGCAAUAAAAUGGGAUUGUAAAAAAAAAGAGAAAUCAAACAACUACAUAUGUGUUCCAGAUCGUAGAAUCCAAUUAUGUAUUGUAAAUCUUAGUAUAGUUAAAACAUAUACAAAAGAUACCAUGAAGAAUCAUUUUAUUGAUGCUGCUAAAAGAGAAUCUCAACUUUUGUUUGAAAAAAAUUAUAAGAAGUACGAUUCAAAAUUUUGUAAUGAUUUGAAGAAUAGUUUUUUAGAUUAUGGACAUCUCGCUAUGGGAAAUGAUAUGGAUUUUGGAGGUUAUUCAACUAAAGCAGAAAACAAAAUUCAAGAAGUUUUCAAAGAGGCUCAUAAGGGAGCAAAACAAGAUGCUAUUAAAAAUUUUAGAAAAACAUGGUGGAAAGGGUUUAGAAAUGAACUUUGGAAUGCUAUGAUAUAUGAGCACAAAAAUAAGUUAAAUAGUUGUAAAAAUAUUCCUGCAGAUGAAUUACAAAUUAAUCAAUGGAUAAAAGAAUGGAAUGAAGAAUUUGUGGUCGAAAGAAAUAUAAGAUUAGAAACACCCAAAAGUAAAUGUAAUAAUAAUACAUUAUAUGAAGCGUGUGAGAAGAAAUGUAUUGAUCCAUGUAUGUCAUAUGGAAAGUGGAUUAUUAGAAUUAAAUAUGAAUGGGAUAUCUUAUCAAAAGAAUACAAAGCUCAGAAUGGUUCAAAGAAAAAUCCGGACGAUUAUUUAUUGAGCUUUUCCAAUAAAAGCAAUAGUGAAAAUGUAAGUACAUUAUUGAAAAAGUGUGAUGAUGAGUAUUCAAAAUAUUGUGAUUGUAAACAUACUACUACCCUGGUUAAAAGCGUUUUGAAUGGUAAAGAAGAUACUAGUGAGGAAGACCGUGAAAUUGUUGAUGUGAAUGACUUUUCUAAAUUUGGAUGUAAUAAAAAAUCUGUUGAAACAAACAGUAAAAUAUGGGAAUGUAUAAAACCCGAUAUUUUAAGGGUUACGGGAGUAUGUAGUCCUCCGAGAAGGCAAGAAAUAUGUCUUGGAAAUAUUGAUAGAAUAUUCGAUAAAAACUUAUCAAUGAUAAAAGAACAUAUUCUUGCUAUAGCAAUAUAUGAAUCAAGAUUAUUGAAACAAAAAUAUAAGAGUGAAGGUAAUGAUCAAGUUUGUAAUGUGAUAAAAAAAAGUUUUUCUGAUUUAAGAGAUAUUAUAAAAGGUACUGAUUAUUGGAAUGAUUUGAGCAAUAGAAAAUUAGUAGGAAAAAUUAAUACAAAUUCGAAUUAUGUUCACCGAAAUAUGUCAAAUGAUAAGUAUUUUCGUGAUGCGUGGUGGGAAGAUAUUAAAAAAGAUGUAUGGAAUGUGAUGACAUGGGUAUUUAAGGAUAAAAAUGUUUGUAAAGAAAAUGAUAUCGAAAAUAUACCACAGUUCUUCAGAUGGUUUAGUGAAUGGGGUGACGAGUAUUGCCAAGUUAAGAUAAAAAUGAUAGAGACUUUGAAUGUAGCAUGCAAAGAAAAAGGUUGUGAAGAUAGUAAUUGUAAAAAUAAAUGCAGUGCAUAUAAUGAAUGGAUAUCAAAACAAAAAGAAUUAUAUAGUAAACAAGCCACAAAAUACCAAGAAUAUCAAAAAGGAAAGAGUUACAGAACGUAUACUGAAUCUAAAUCUAUGAAAGCAGAGGAUUAUUUAAAGAAAUAUUCAAAAAAAUGCUCUAAUAUUAACUUUGAAACUGAAUUUAAUGAAAUAUUUCCUUCCGAUUAUAAAACUAAAUGUACGAUAUGUUCAAAAGGAAACGAUGUAAUCAUUGAUACAGUAUCAACUGCUAUAGAACCUCCUCAAACAGUAGUUCCUGAAAUAAAAUCUUCAACGAAACAUGAGAGUAUGGAUAAUUCACCCGCGGCUGUUGAAGGAGAUACACCAGUAUCUGAUACACUUCAUAAACAAGGCAAUCUAGAAAGUUCAGAUACGGAAAAAGCUAAUGUAACAAGUGAAACCGAAGCAAAAGGAGAAACACAGAUAGAUCAUGAGACAUUGAAAGAAGAAUUAACGGAUGCAGAAGGAAGCGUACACGAGGAAUCUACAGGUGUUUUAUCAGAAAAUUUAAAAGUAUCACCGAGCGAAGGGGGUACAGAAGCAACUGUAUUAACUGAUCAACUUAAAAAUGUGGAAAAACCAUUAGUAGAAUCUUCCAGCAUUAAGCCAGAAGAGGAAUCUGCGAGCAUUCAAUCAGAAGGCGAAUCUACAAAAAUUCAAUCAGCAGAAGAACCUGUAAGGGAAGAUUCCAAUUUAAAAUUAAAUACUAAAUCUAUAGAAGACAAAGAAAUAGAAGCAUUAUCUACUUCGACUUCUAGUUCUAAUUCAAGCGAUCAGACACAUUCAUCUGAUAAUGAUCAUAAAAUUGAAGCCCCUAAAGUAUCUGAUAAUAUGUCCAAUGAAUCAACUGAAAGUACACCUUCGAAAGAAAAGACACUUGCUACCGAAGAUGUAAACUCACCUGUCAUUGAAUCUUCAGAACGAAAUGAUCAUGACGCACGUGUUGAAGAUAAAUUAGAUGAAAAUGCUAUAUCAACUAUAACUUCAGGAAAUGAACGUGAUAAAAAUAGUACUUUUGAGGAUCAAAAACCAAAAGAGAACGUCGAUGUUAGUACAACUAACACAGUUAUUACAGGCUCUGUUAAUGACAAUGAAAAGAUUGCGGAACAUGAGGUUAAAGAAUCAACGAUAGAUCCCAAUAAUGUAUCUGAUGAUGUAAGUGAACAGGAAGAGGAAUUAAAAGAUGUAACGAAUUAUAGAUCUGAGGAUGAUGUAGUUGAUAACGAGACAGAAAUAUCAACAAAUGAUAUUACAAGUAAUUCAGAAGAUGGCAGUGGAAUAGAAAGUGAACAUAGUACUGUAAAUAUGCAAACAUCUAUUGUAGAUGAUAAUAAUGAUAUACGUCAAUAUUCUGAAGAGGAACAUCAUAAUAGUAAUACUGAUGUAGAACUAAAUGAUCCUUUACAAAAAUCUUCUAUGAGUUCUGUUGGAGGCAUAUCUGAUGAAGAAUCAGCAGAAGAAAUUGUAAGAAGUGAUCAGAAUGUUACUAAUAAGUCUGAACAUUUGGAUGAUAACAAUGAAGAACAUACAGAAAGAUUUAGUGAUAGUAAUUUUGAAGUUAGCGACAGUGGAAAUAAAGAAAAGAUUGAUAUGGAACAUAAAGGUAUUGUUUCACCAGAUGAUAGUAAGAGAGAAUCAGAAGUUGAAGAAUCAGGAACAUUUACGGGAACACCAGAAUCAGAACAUGAUGAUGUAGUUGAAAAAGAUACAUUUGACAUGUUAGAGGAUAGCAGUAAAAAUAAGCAGGAAGAUGAUACCACAUCGGAUAGGAAUUUGGAGAUCACAGACAGAGAAAAGAGUCAUGAACAAUUAAGAGAAAAUGAAGUAAAAAUGGAAUUAGAAAAACAAAGACAAAGUAAAGAACAAGAAAUUCUUAAAGGUCUAAAGGGAAAUCAACAUCGUACAAAUGUAGAUAACAUAAAACCUGUAGAUAAAAAUCAUCCUAAAUUACCUUUAGAAGUUAUGAACAAAACUGAAGAAGAAAGAAAACAAUUAUCUAAAGAAAACAUUAGUAUUGGUCAAGAAAAAAAAUUGCAAAAACAUAAAUUUGAUACCAGUUAUAAUCUACAAGGACAUGUAUCUCCUGAAAAAAAUCCACAUAACACAGGUUUUCAUAGAAGAACUGAUUUGGUUAAUCAUUCUAAUAGUGUUUUAAGUGCAGGAACUAAUGUUACUAAUUUAAAUAAUACACGACAUAAAUAUGAUUUAAAAGAUGAGAAAUUAAAUAUUGAGCUUUAUCAAAAGAGAAAUGAUAAAGUAACAAGAGAAGAAAUAAAGGAAUUAGCAGAAAAAAAUAAAUGUAAAAACAAAAUUUCUGAAGAAUACUGUUCCCAUAUGAUAGAAGAUGAAAUAAAAUCAAAUAUAUGCUCUAUAGAAAAAACAAAAAAUAUGUGUUGUGCAGUAUCAGAUUACUGUAUGAGAUAUUUUACGUAUGGUUCAAAGGAAUAUUCUGAUUGUACCAAAAAGGAAUUUGAAGAUCCAUCUUAUAUAUGUUUCCGAAAGGAGGCCUUUUCAAGAAUGCCAUAUUAUGCAGGAGCAGGUGUGUUAUUUAUUAUAUUGCUUAUUUUCGGUUCAAUACAUGCCAAAGAUCAAAGUUCUGACGUAGUUGUGAAUGAGGAUAAUGGGAAUAAUUUUGCAUUUGAAGUCACCGAUAAUUUAGAUAAAUUAUCCAAUAUGUUCAAUCAACAAGUACAGGAAACUAAUGUCAACGAUUUUUCUGAAUAUACAGAGGAUAUUAAUGCAUAUUAA